CUCCAGGGUUCGAGGUUCAAGGUUCGAGGUGCGGCGCUCAGCUCUCCGAUUUCGGCGGCUCUCCGCUCACUUCCAGCCCCCGAGUGGGUGAGAAAUUUCCACAUUUACUUUUUUCUCAGCUUACAAACACUCUUCAGCUCCUUUUGUGCUUCUGAAGCUCAGCUUGGUGUUCUUGAGGUUCGAACGAACCCCACAAAGGGAGAAUUACACGUUCGUUUUAUAUACAGAAUAUUAUUAAACAGCUACUAACAACUGCUUCACUUUAUCACACCCUGGAAAGACACUUUUCUUUUAUUGCGACGCUUACAUUUUAUCCCAUAUGGAAAGAGCCACGGAUGUGAACUCAUGUCUUCGUUACUGAGGCUGCUUUACUUCCAGGAACGGAUUGAAUGAAGUGCCGUGUUCAGGAUGGCAAAAGUUGAUAUGAUGAAAGAGGAAAGCUGACGAAGGACGUGACUGAAGCUGCCGUUUUCGCACCGUUCGCACUGUCGCCAUCCGCACUGUUCAUAUUCCUGGGAGCACAAAGGGUUAAGAGACAAACGUCGAGCUGCUUCACGCGCAGCGGUUUGUGGCUCCUCUGAACAACGGGGGGAGGGGGGGUCAGGGUGAGGUUUAACCUCGCUGGAAUCUCCUCCAAGUCCACCGCUUGAUUCCUUUGGUUCAUUAACUCGGCACAAGAGUCGCUCGCUCGUGAAAACGAGAUUUACUUCUUUCGAGGCCCGAAGCUCCGGAUCCUUCCCCGGGGAGGCGGCGGCGGCGGACACGCGUGCUGGACGCCGGGGCCUCGACGGUACGUGCUGAGACUCGGAGACAAGAAGGUCACGGAGAUGAGCACGGACACCUAGACGGGGCCCAGCUCGGUCGGCGGACGGUGAGGGACCGACAGCGUCGCCAUGGAGACGGUGGUGAUCGUGGCCAUCGGGGUGCUGGCCACCAUUUUCCUGGCGUCCUUCGUGGCCCUGGUGGUCGUCUGCCGUCAGCGGUACUGCCGUCCCAUCGGCCUGCUGAACCACUUCGACUCCAAGCCCACUUUGGAGCUCAUCGGCGCCAUGGAGACCCAGAGCGAAGCCUCGGAGCUGGAGCUGGACGACGUGGUGAUCACGAACCCGCACAUCGAGGCCAUCCUGAAGAGCGAGCAUUGGAUCGAGGACGCCUCCGGUUUGGUGUCCCACUGCAUUUCCAUACUAAAGAUCUGCCAUACCCUGACAGAGAAGCUGGUUGCCAUGACAAUGGGCUCAGGGUCAAAGGUCAAGGCUCCCGAGAGUCUCGGGGACAUUAUUACCGUGGCGAAGCGUAUCGGCCCCAGGGUGGAUGACGUCGUGAGAUCCAUGUACCCACCGCUGGACCCAAAACUUCUCGACGCCAGAGCCACGGCCCUCCUGCUGUCCGUGAGCCACCUGGUGCUGGUGACACGCAACGCCUGUCACAUGUCGGGCAGCACGGACUGGAUCGAGCAGUCGCUGCACGCAGCCGAAGAUCACAUGGUCGUGCUGAGGGAGGCGGCUCUCGCGUCGGAGCCGGACCGCAGCGCACAAGGGACCGACGCGUUCCAGCAGGAGCAGUCGGCCAUGUAGGGCCGGCGCAGCGAGGGUCCCGGGUCGAGCCCCCCGACCAUCGGUGGGGUGUCUGUCCACAGUCCAACUCUUUCCACUCGUUUGACGCACCCCGAAGUGAUCUGCUCCAGCGUCACACUUUCGCAUCUUUCCACACCUUCAAAACCACUGUGAGUCGAGGGCACGACGGCCUCUCUGCAGGCAGCUCUUGGCGGUCAUGCAAAAAUCCGGCAUUUAAAUUUUUGCAUCGCUUCAAUAACUAGAUAUAAAACAGGCCACACAAGCUGGUGGAGAACAGCAAUAGCGCAGCACCAGAGCUCAAGCACAGAGCAAGGACCUCAUUCUGCAUUUUACAGGGAUUUCAGUGUCAGGGUCAUAUAUGGUGGAGCAACAUCUGAGUGGCACCAGCUGGCGGAAGGGAUAAUUAUGGGCUGUAACAUCUCCACGAUCCUCUUCGCUCUCACCAUGAACUUGCCAGUGAAGUCAGCAGAGGUUGAGCGAAGGCGUCUGAUGCUGAAAGACCCGAAAGACCCCCAUGAACUCAGGUUACAUCAGUGAUGAUGCACCCAGAUGCGCUGGAAGAGGUGUGGAACAAAAGCCCAGGGUAUCAAAGCACUGAGUACCACAUGUGAUUCCUACCAAAACACACCUCGUUUUGUCUGGUGUCAGUGAGGCAGUAGGUGCAGCAAGUGAGAACUUGAGAGAAAAUGUUACGCACUGAACAUAGUUCAUUUACCUUCCCAUCAACCUUUGCUGACUGUUGGCUCGCAGAAUAACACGGGGGUCCCUGUGGUUCAUGGAAAUAGUUCAUGUUUUCCCCAUACAAAGCACAGUUAUUCAGUACAACUGCGUUUUUUUUUCCUGGUAACACAGUAACUUUAUGCAAACAAAAGGUAUAUUAUUCCCUGCCUACCAUGCGUUUCAUUCUGUAAAACACAGAAACUAAGCUUCUUCCAUAACCAAGCUAACUAAUGUCUGUUAUGCUGACAGUAUCAGCCCAUCCCACUUACUACGGUAACCCUAACUCACAACUGAAGUAGCAGAUUCAGUGCAAAUCUUUGCAAAAAGCAUAUAUGUGCAUGUAAAUAACUCAAUUACUGUAUUCUCUUAAACAUCUUUUGUUACAUAACACUAUGAGACUACUGUAAAUAAAGUGUUUCUCUUGCGGUUCAGGAGUCUGAAGGUCAUUCACUGUCCUCCACAAUUCAUGGUGCCACUUUUAAUAAUGUGCCUAAUAGGUGGUACAACUUUUUUUUUUUUUUUUUUUUAAAACGAAAAAUUCUUCCCCACCGUACAGACUUACUGCGCUCCUCAGAAAGUCUUUGCAGCAUCAACGGUCACAACUCAAGUAUUUGCCAUAGUUUCAGGGGUAAAUGUUCCUGCAGGACAAGAAAAGUUUUGUCAUUAAUGUGUUGAACUACAAUAAUUGAACAAACUCAAUGAGCAUCGGUUCACAUCCUCAGGUCGGUGUGGGAA